AUGAGCCCAGCACCAUUGACACUUCCAUCAAACAAAGCAACGAACCAAAUAAAAUCAACGUCGCAACAUCUACCUAUCAAAGUCUACUCAGAAUAUCUGUUCCCAUUACCACCAACAAAUCUACCAUACUCAGAAAGCCAUGCAUCGAGGCCUCGGUCACCGUUUCCACCUCCUUAUUCUUCUUUAAUACCUCCCACGUCCCCAUCUCCUUCGAAUGGCCCCACAAAUAAUAUCCAUCAUAACUUUAUAAAACGAUCCGUCCAUGUUGUCAGACGUAUCCAACCUUCACCGGAUAUCCAACAGAUCUCACAAUGCAAGCCUCUACCUAAUAAACCAUCAGUAGAUAUCAACAAGAUCCAACAAGGAGACAAUAAAACUUGGAAGCAGUCAAUAUUCAGGUUGACACCAGCACCAACCGGAGUUUCAAUCGGAGAUAUCAAGGAUCCAUGUACAACUAUCCAUGAUGUCAAUGUAACAUAUCGCCAUGAGCUACCGCCACGACUCGCGACCUCUCCUAAACAAGUUUCCCCGGAUCUCGUCAGGGAAGAAAGACAAGAAGAAAAUGAAGCGAAGGAGAAGAAGGAUUCAAACAUAGAACAUAGGGAAAAGCCAAACAAAACCAGAAAUAAAAGCGACACGUCCCGAAAUGGUUCUGGAUCUAUGGAAGAAGUUUGUGAAAACAGGCGUACUCUUACGUCUGAAGAAACGUUAUGGCUUCAUCGGAACUACAGAGGGGAGGCAACAUUUUUGAAAGCUUGGGGGUUGCAUAUCACGAGAAGUACAGAUCGAGAGCGCGGUCUUGAGAUUAUGAGAGAGCUGAUGGCUGCUGAAUCUCCAAAGGGGAAAAUUGAGUGGCAAAUAAUGGGACAAGCAGGGAAACGACAUGAAGAAAUUGGGAGGAUGAAAAUUACGACGCCGAGAGACAGCGAGGGCCUCAAGGCAAUCGAAGAGGAAAUAAAUAUAUACUAAUUCUACCAGCCACUUAACGAACAUAUUUGUGUUGCAGUUUACAGAUGAUAAUCUGAAAGUUUCGGAUAACU